AUGUUUAAAGCUGAAAUGACCAUGGAGCAAAAACAACUGGCACGUAUGACCGAAAAUUGUCUUCAACUUAAUGUUUGGGUCAGUAAUAACACCAAUGAAUCAUUCAUGCUGAAACCGGUACUUGUUUGGUUCCAUGGUGGAUCAUUUAUAUCUGAUACAACAGCUCGGUUAUUAUAUCAAGGAGAGCAACUUGCAGCACGUGAAAAUAUUGUUGUUGUCACUGUUAACUAUCGAUUAGAUGCAUUUGGCUUCAUGUACACUGGUCAUCAUAAUCAUACAAUGAAGACACAAACAAAUGCUGGCAUUUGGGACCAAUUAUUAGCUCUAGAAUGGAUACAAGAACAUAUUGAAUAUUUUCAAGGUGAUGCCAAACAUAUUACCAUUGCAGGAUUCGAUUCUGGUGCUACUUCAGUUGGACUUCACCUUAUGUCUCCAAAAAGUAGACGAUUAUUUCAACAAGCUAUAAUGAUAUCCGGAUCAGUAUAUACACAAUUAAUAUCAACUCGUUCUGUCUGUAAUGCAGAUGUGGCUCAAAUGUGGGUCCAAAUGGCUACAAAAAUUUCUUGCGGUCAUGAAUGGUCAUCGAAAACUCUCAAAUGUCUGAAACGAGCCUCAAUCGAAGAAAUUUUACAAUUAAUUAAUCCAUUAGGUUCAAUAUCGACUGGACCAGAAAUUGUCAUGGAUCUAUCGGAUGAUCUUUUCCCAUUCGAUAAACUAUCCCAAGCAAUCGAUCAAAUUCAUACAUCAAAAUUAGCUAUCAUGAUUGGUUCGACUGAUGAUGAAGGCAGUCAAGUUUUACCAAUCAUGAACAAUAAACUGUUUCAGCAAUUUAUUUCCGAUCAACAAUUAUCAAAGAAUGAAGCUAUCGAACAGAUGGUUCAAUUAGCUUCGAAACUAGUGCCGCCUCGUGGCUCUAAUCAUAACAAAGUGAACGGAAAGGAUGUUGCCGCAUUUUAUCUGACUGAUUCGAAUGUUACUGGAAAUUUCAAAACAAUCGGUCAAUGUAUUGGGGAUUUUUAUGUUUCAUGUCCUAUGACCCUGUUUGCCGAAAAACUUGUCGAAAAACGACAAUAUCCUGCUCAUUUAUAUCAAUAUGUUUGGUCACAAAAAACUCGUCCAAAUCGGUUUGCACCAUGUUUAGAAUGGAUGGGUGCUUGUCAUGGAACUGAUGUUCUAAUGAUGUUCGGUGUACCAUUCAUGACACCGAAUGAAUUUGAUGAUAUUGAUCGAGACAUUUCGACAAAAUUCAUGCAAACUAUUGGUCAUUUUGUUCAUCAUGGUCGACCAAAUUUAGAAAAAUGGUUGCCAUGGUCAUGGAAUGAAAAUAAUUCAUUAUAUAUGCCUUAUUCGCAAUUCAUAGAUGGUUCUUGGAAAUUCGAAACCAAUUGGAAACAAGAUAAAUGUCACAAAGUAUGGGCCAAAUAUUUUAUGACCAACGAUAAUGAUAAUCAGCAUUCGACAUGCAGGCGAGAAUAA